AUGAGAAGCUCUGAGGAAGCUGAGCUCUGUUUCCCACAGCUACCGAACUCUUCCUGUAGGAAGAACGUGAACCCCUCCUCCAUCUCCAUGCUCAUGUAUGUUACGUUGUCCUCCAUCUCUCUGCUUACAGUUACACUUAACAUGCUGGUCAUCAUCUCCAUCUCACACUUCAAGCAGCUGCACACACCCACCAACUUCCUCCUCCUCUCUCUGGCCGUCUCAGACUUUUUUGUUGGUUUCCUUAUGAUCUUCCAGCUCCUGCUCAUUGAUGGCUGCUGGUAUCUGGGGGACCUUGUGUGUAUUUUGUAUAAUUUUUUUGAUUAUAUUAUUACAUCUGCUUCAGUGGAGACCAUUGUGCUUAUAUCUAUUGACUGUUACGUGGCGGUCUGUGACCCGUUCCAGUACCCUACCAAAGUCACUCAUAGGCGGGUUUGUGUGUGUGUUUUGUUGUGUUGGCUCUUCUCCUUCCUCUGUGUUUUUAUAGUGAUGAAGGAGAACCUAGGACAAGUCGGUAAGUAUAACUCCUGCUUAGGGGAGUGCGUUGUUGUCUUUGAUAAAAUUGCUGGUUUUAUAGAUAUUUUGUUCUUCUUCAUUGGUCCUGUCACCAUCAUCGUAGUUCUGUAUGUGAGAGUGUUUGUGGUGGCGGUGUCUCAGAUUCGUGCCAUGCGCUCUCGUGUUACAGUCAUCACAGUUCAGGGUUCAGUCACUGUGACUGUUAGGAAAUCUGAGCUGAAGUCAGCUCGGACGCUAGGAGCUGUUGGCGUUGCAUUUCUAAUAUGUCUCUGUCCAUAUUUCUGUCUCACACUUACAGGUCAGGGGACUCAGUUAGGUGCCUCGUCUAUAGCUUUUGUUUUGUUCUAUUUGAAUUCCGUUCUGAACCCUCUCAUCUACGCCCUGUUUUACCCUUGGUUUAGGAAAUCUGUUAAAUUCAUCUUCACUCUUCAGAUAUUGAAGCCAGGCUCUUCUGAUGCCAUUGUAUCAUGACAAGUGACAAACACAUUGCCAUUGGUCACUUUUUAGUUGAACACAAAUGUGAUAUAACUGGCAGUUUAAUACAUUUAUAAUCUGAUAUUCAUGAGAUGUCACAAGAACAGUAAACUCAAAAUAUGGAGGUCGGCUGAGUGACUUAAGUAUAUAUACUC